AUGAAGUUCUCUAUCGCCGCCGUGGCCCUCGCUGCCGUCGUCUCAGCCCAGUCCUGGUCUGACAUUCCGGCCUGCGCCACCCCCUGCAUUGACGACGCCAUAGCAAGCACCACCACUUGCGCCGCCGAUGACUACGCUUGCAUCUGCUCAAACGAAGACGUCAUCGAACCGGCCGCCGAAGAUUGUGUUGUCACUGCCUGUGGUGAGGACGUUGCUGUGGGCGAGGUGGAGCCUGCUGUCGCUGCUUUCUGCGGCUCUCUCUAG